AUGGCUUUGCAAAUUUCCAUGGUUUCAGCUACCUGUUAUAAGGAUGUAAAUAAUCCCUUUGGCCAGGUGUCCACUCUGUCUACUCCACCCACCCAGUUGUUCAUCACCAGGAGUCAUCUUGACUAUCAUCAGACCAGCUGUCACAGCACUCACACUGAAGCAAGCAGAGUGCUAGUAGCUUCCUGUAAUUUUGCAAAUGAUGCUACAUUUGAGAUUAAGAAAUGUGACCUUCAUCGGCUAGAAGAGGGCCCUCCAGUCACCACAGUGCUCACCAGAGAGGAUGGGCUCAAGUACUACAGGAUGAUGCAGACUGUGCGGCGAAUGGAGCUAAAGGCAGAUCAGCUAUAUAAACAGAAAAUUAUCCGUGGUUUCUGUCACUUGUGUGAUGGUCAGGAAGCCUGCUGUGUGGGCCUAGAGGCUGGCAUAAACCCCACGGACCAUCUCAUCACAGCCUAUCGAGCUCAUGGCUUCACCUUCACUCGGGGCCUGCCUGUCCGAGCAAUUCUUGCAGAGCUAACAGGACGAAGAGGAGGUUGUGCUAAAGGGAAAGGCGGAUCGAUGCACAUGUACGCCAAGAACUUCUAUGGGGGCAAUGGCAUCGUUGGAGCUCAGGUGCCCCUAGGAGCAGGGAUUGCUCUGGCCUGCAAAUACAAUGGAAAAGAUGAGGUCUGUUUGACAUUAUAUGGCGAUGGCGCUGCUAAUCAGGGUCAAAUAUUUGAAGCUUACAAUAUGGCAGCAUUGUGGAAACUACCUUGUAUUUUCAUCUGUGAGAAUAACCGCUAUGGCAUGGGGACAUCUGUCGAGAGAGCAGUGGCCAGCACAGAUUACUACAAAAGAGGAGAUUUUAUUCCUGGACUGAGGGUAGAUGGAAUGGAUAUCUUGUGUGUCCGAGAGGCAACAAAGUUUGCAGCUGCAUAUUGUAGGUCUGGUAAGGGGCCCAUCCUGAUGGAGCUACAGACUUACCGUUACCAUGGACAUAGUAUGAGUGACCCUGGAGUCAGUUACCGCACUCGAGAAGAAAUCCAGGAAGUAAGAAGUAAGAGCGACCCUAUUAUGCUUCUCAAGGAUAGAAUGGUGAACAGCAAUCUUGCAAGUGUUGAAGAAUUAAAGGAGAUUGAUGUGGAAGUGAGGAAAGAAAUCGAAGAUGCUGCCCAGUUUGCUACAGCUGAUCCAGAGCCACCCUUGGAGGAACUAGGCUAUCACAUCUACAGUAGUGAUCCUCCCUUUGAAGUGCGUGGUGCCAACCAAUGGAUCAAGUUUAAGUCAGUCAGUUAAUGGGAAACUGAAAUGAAUGAGGGUUCAUCAUCCACUGUAAGAACUCUUUGUGCUUUCAACUUUAAGGACAGGAAAUACCCAAAGUCUUGAAGACAUGUAAAUUAAGGAAGAGUAAGUUGCAUGCAGUUUCUAUGUUGUAUGCAGUGUAUCCAUGUGAAUAAGAGUGUAAUGAUUUGUAUAGGAUUUGAAAUGGAUAGUGGAGUGUUUAUACCUUUUCCUCAUCAUAUCCUACCACAGAUAUGUCGAGGUGGCAUGCUGGAAUUAGUACACUGCACAGGUAGAAGAGUAGCAGCCACCCUGCAUUGUGGAGGCUGUCAUCUGUUAGCACUGACCAAGUCUCUGUGAU